UGUUGAAUGGGACAGGGUGCGUUCAAGUACCAGCGUUUGCUUUACGUGCGUGCGGCGCGGCAGAGCCUUCGUAUAAGUCCGCCCGUCACUCUUCACUGGGACUGUAUAACCACUCGGAGAGUUUUGGACUGAGUCGAAAUGGACUUGGAUCUUUACUUUCUUUUGAAUUUUUAUGGAUUUCAUUCUACUCUGCACUGCCAUGAGUGAAGAGGAGCUGAGAAGCUCCCCCGCUGCUUUUAGAGAGUGAGGAGGAUUUUUUUUUUUUUUUUUUGGGAGGGUGGGGGAGCUGAAGCGGAGGCACCACGGCGGCACUCUCACACAGGCAGCCGGAGCCAUGAGCAGGGCGCUCACGGAGCACAUCAGCGGCAGCUUCCGAGAAGAUGCUCCUCGUCCUCCGGUGCCGGGUGAGGAGGGAGAGGCGUCAUGCUACAACCCGAACAGAUGCAGCAAAAUGAGAGCCCAGAGCAAAGUUAAAGAUCUCCCCGCUGUUGCUGCUCUUGUUGGCUCCACGCCGCGGAGGAACGAGGAUGGACUCGGAGAGCCGGAGGGCAGCGCGUCCCCGGACUCGCCCCCAGUCCGAUGGACCAAGUCUCUGCAUUUCCUACUCGGCGACCUGGACGGCGCUCACCUGUUCAGGACCUUCUUGGAGCGGGAGCACUGCGUCGACACUUUGGACUUCUGGUUCGCCUGCAACGGCUUCAGGCAGAUGGACUUAAAGGAUACCAAAACGCUGCGAGUUGCCAAAGUUAUCUUCAAGCGGUACAUCGAGAACAACAGCGUGGUGGCAAAGCAGCUCAAACCGGCAACCAAGACCUUUAUAAGAGAUAGUAUCAAGAAGCAGCAGAUAGACUCGGCCAUGUUCGAUCAGGCUCAGACGGAGAUCCAGUCCCACAUGGAGGAGAACGCGUACCAGAUGUUCCUGACCUCUGACAUAUACCUCGAAUACGUGCGCACUGGCUGCGAGAACGCCGCCUACAUGAGCCACGGCGCGCUGGGCAGCCUCAAGCUGAUGUGUGGAUACCUUCCUCCUCUUAUGGAGGAAGAGGAGUGGAGUUGCAGUGACCUGAAGGCAAAGGCAUUGGGGUCUGUAGUGGGACUGUCUGCAAAAAACCUGAGGGCUACUGCUACUAUCCGGACAGCAGCUGAGGUGCUGGAGAAGACCUACAGGUCCCAACGACGGGGAGACCCUGCCAGCCCGUACUUUGUCAACUCUGGCUAUGUCUUUGCCCCCGCCACCAGUGCCAAUGACAGUGAGAUCUCAAGCGAUGCAGCGACGGAUGAUUCAUUGUCAAUGACCGACAGCAGUGUAGAUGGAAUCCCUCCGUACAAGAUGGGGACCAAGAAGCAGCUCCAGCGAGAGAUGCAUCGAAACAUUAAGAUCAACGGCCAAGUUACGCUGCCACACUUUCCUAGGACACACCGGCUGCCUAAGGAGAUGACCCCAGUCGAGCCCUCGGCCUUUGCCGCCCAGCUCAUUGCCAAACUGGAGAAGCUGAAGCGAGAGCAGGACACAAUGAGCUCACUGGAGGAGAGGCUGCAGCAAAUUCAGGAGGAGGAGGAAAGAGAGGAGGGCAGCAGCAGCAAUUCCCUCCAUCAUCCCCUGCUCCCAUCUGCAGCCCAGUGUGAGGAAGACCCCCAGGCCAUCUUAGAUGAGCACCUUUCACGUGUCCUGAAGACCCCCGGGUGUCAGUCACCUGGUGUGGUGCGGCACUCGCCGCGUUCACGUUCUCCAGAUCAGACCGGCGUUCUGGUGUCUUCCGGCCAUGGAAGUCUUUUUGGUGCUUAUCACGGUCCAGCUAAGGUUCUGAUGACAGGCAGGCAAUCCACAAAGCAUAUCCACCAUCACUACAUACAUCAUCACCACGCUGGGCCCAAGACGAAAGAGCAGAUAGAGACUGAAAUGGCUCAGCGCGUGCAGUGCCUCUGCCCUCAAAGGGGUGCCAAUUACUCCGACUUCACACCUGCUUGCUGCAGCACUUUUUCCAGGCGACCAGUGAAGGCCUCUGGUGAGGGUGUGUCUUCACCAUGUCUUCCCAUGGUGUCCACCGACCGCUCUCAGAAUGUUUGGCAGUGGAUCUUAGAGAGCGAGAGGCAGGGCAAGCACAAGCCACACAGCAGCACUCAAGGCCUGAAGAAGAUCAACCCUCUUGACUCCAAAAUCCUGCCAGCUAGGACCAACACCUGGGGUGGAGCUGGCACUUGCAAUGGGAGUCACCUUCGCGGCCAUCACCCAGGCCAUCCUUUCAUCCAGGAUCCUGCUAUGCCCCCCUUACCGCCUCCCAACACCCUGGCACAGCUUGAGGAGGCCUGUCGCAGACUGGAAGAGGUUUCCAAGCCGCCAAAGCAAAGGCAUUCAACAGCGUCUAGUAGCCUUCAGAGAGACAGGAGCCUUCCACCGGUUGGAACUGGUGCAGGCACCACUCAAACCAACCCAGAAGAGUCAAAGGAGCUGGUGGUAACGUACUUUUUCUGUGGUGAGGAAAUUCCGUAUCGCAGCAUGAUGAAGACCCACUGCCUCACCUUGGGUCACUUCAAAGAACAGCUGAGCAAGAAAGGCAACUAUAGGUACUACUUCAAGAAGGCGAGCGAUGAGUUUGAGUGCGGUGCGGUGUUUGAGGAAGUGUGGGAAGAUGCCACUGUGCUGCCCAUGUACGAGGGCAAGGUUCUGGGCAAAGUGGAGAGGAUGGACUAAAAAGACGAAACACAAACAACCAGCGCCCUUUCCCUGUCCAACCACAAGUUAAGCUUUCCCUAAAGGACUUGAGAAACAGACUCUGUUAAAAAAAAAGACAAAAAAAAAAUUCUGGACUUUUUUUUUUUUUUAUUACAUAUUUCUUCUUAUUAAGCUAAACAGAGUUAAUAUAUCCAGCACAAAAAAAACCGAUUGAAGGAAGAUGAGCCAAUGAAGUAUGCCGAACUCAGAGGAGGAGCCGCCCCCUCCCUGAUGCUCUCAACCAAUCAGCCUUAGAACACACAAGGGAACGAAACUAUGAAAACCAAGGCAAGAAACAACGGGGGAGGAAACACCCCGACUUCUCUUGGACAUAACCACUGAAGAUACAGAUGACGUGACAUGGUGGCAGACUGAUGGUGUCCUGUGCAGUGGGCUAAGCAGGCGCUAAUGGAAACUCCAUAUGUGUACAUAUACAUACAUGCAUAUAUAUGUAUAUAUACAUGUAUUUAAUUUAUAUCUAUAUAUAUAUCUAUAUAGAUAUAGAUUUGAUUUUUUUUUUUUUUGAGUUAAAAGUUUUUUUUUAGUAUUUAUUAAAAAAAUCUUUUCCUCUCCCAUCCUAUGUCUUAAACUUGUGACCCCACCCCCUUUUCCUGUUUCCAGCCAAUGAUCAAGCUGCUUUAAAUGUUGGGAGAAUACUGUGGUGAUAAUAUUUAAUGUUUGUCCAUUUUUAUGUUCCACUAUGGUCGUUACACUACCCUUUUUUACAACUUAAGACCCAAAAUAACGACCUGGGUCCCAGGCUGAAGCUUCGUCUCAAUAGUGGUCGAUCCCAGUUUUAUAUGCUGCUGAUAGUUUGUUCAAAGUUGUCACACUAGGAUCUCCCAGAGCUCAUUGAAUCUCUCGCCACUCCUCCCCUUUCUACCUGUCUUUUCCCUCUUUAGCGACAGAGCUCAAUCUUUUUUUGUUGUGCCUUUGUUUGUAAAUCAGGCAUUGCACAGAGACGGGAAAUAAAGGGAUGGGGGGCAGAUUCAAACAGACAAAUGGCCUAAUGAAGACAGUGUUUACAGCCUGUGCACCUAAAUAACUCAUGCUAACAGAAUCGGUUCUGGCCACUAAGAGCGACCUCUAGAUGAAGUCAGCCAAUGUGUGCAAGGGGGGAAAAAAGUAAAAAAAA